AAUACGUAGACGCCGCAUCAAGUGGGUUUGCCCACUGCUGCGAUACAUCAACAUUGCCGCCAUAUUGGAUGUGGCAAGGCUGUGCUGUAAACUAAUACAAGAGAGCGACCGAGAGCUGCACGCUGCGGCAUGGAGUGUAACGUUAAGAGGUGCCGUCUAUGUGCUGGGUGUAGCAGUGGCUGAGUUGCAACGCUCUGCGACAUCAACGUUAUUUUUGACAUUAUACAGCAAACAUACAAUUGACAUUGAUGUAAUCCGGCUUAUGGACGAUUCAGCUUUGGCCAACUACAUUCCCUCAUAUGGAGAUAGAAUUGCACUUUUCAAUUUUUGCAGGAAUCAACAGCCAGUCUCAAAGCGCAAACUGGGUCUUCUUGAAAGGCUCAGGGAGAAAAUGAAGAUAAGAAAGGAAAGCAAAGAAAGUGGAGAGGAGCCACAAACCUCUGAACCCCAUUCCAGACGAAAGUUGGCACCAUAUAUGAGACUGUCAAACUACCAAGGCUGAGAUUCUACAUUGCCACUCAGCCAAAACCACUAUCAGGUGAACAUGCCUAUAGCACUGAACUCCAAGACAAUGAUUUGAGCUUGCGGGCCAGGAUGAAGUUAUUGAAGUUUCUGACAGCCAGUCCCUAUCUCUGUCACCCAGUUACUCAGAUCAAGACGAAGACCAGGCAAGCAGCCUUUAUCACCCUGUUGUCACAGAUCUCUCUGCUGCAAAUCUUCCAGUCAUCACAGAUCACCCAGCAGUCUCAGAGAUCAACCUUAUUUUAGAAGGAGACAUCACGUAUGAUAAUUCUGACCCUGAAAUUACAUUUGGCCCACACACAGAGGCUGAGUUUAAUCAAGAUGACACACUGAUUUAUCAGCCUGAAACACGUGACCAUGCAACUUUACCAAAAAUUAUUACUAUACAUCAUGCAAAUUGCUUCAGUGACAUGAUUGAAGCAUUUUCUGACCCUCAGAUUCUGACCAGACCACUGGAAAUGAGACGAAUACUACCAGAUAACUCUGAGGAAGCUGGUAGUGGGUCAGGGCUUCUCAGAGAUGUCUUUAGUGCAUUUUAUCAGGAUUUCUAUGACAGCUGCACACUUGGGACAACAUUGAAAGUACCCUUCAUCAGACACGAUUUCAAGGCUGACACCUGGAAAGCCAUUGGCAGAAUUUUCUUGAGAGGAUACCAAGAUUGCCACUAUCUUCCUAUUAAGCUUGCACCCCCUCUCAUUGAGGAGAUGUUAUUUGGAGCAGUGCACAGUCACCUGACAGAAGUCUUUCUUCAGUUCACAAGCUGCCAAGAGAGAGAGGUCCUCAUGCAAGCUUUACAAGACUUCUCUUCUGUUGACCCUGAUGACCUUUUGGAAGUCCUCAACAACUACGAAUGCAGAAGAAGAGUCUCAGCAGACACCCUUCCAGCAAUUCUGGAAGAAAUUUCCCACAAAGAACUUGUGCAAAAGCCAAACUUUGUAAUUGAUUGUUGGAGGGACAUCACAAAACCACAGAUGAAUCUCAAUUAUGAAGAACUGACAAAGAUGUAUGCUGACCUUAAACCAACAACUAAGAAGGUGUCGAGGCUGCUGAAGUUCCAAGCAGAUAUGACAGCAAAGCAAAAAGAGGUCGAACAUCAUCUCAGACGGUAUAUUAGGGAACUGGAUGAAGCAAAACUGGGGAAAUUUCCAAGAUUCUGCACAGGAUCUGAUUUGAUUGUGUCAGACAGUAUCAUUAUUGAGUUCAUAGUAAUGUCUGAUUUCACAAGACGUCCAAUUGGACGAACAUGUGGAAUGUUCCUGGAGCUACCUGAGUGCUAUGAAAAUUUCCCAGACUUUCGUGCUGAAUUCAGUGAAAUCCUUGACAGCAAUCUGGGUGAUGGACAUUGUGUAACACAAUAUGUGGCCCUUCAACCAUGAUUGUGGCCAUACUGCUUCCUAGCUAACAGUUGUAAAAUGAUGCUAAGGACUUGCUCACAAAAAACUCAAGCAAUAAUUUUGCUUACUCUCAAAGUGUUUUAUAGGCACAGUUUGUUUUCAGAUGCCCCACAUUCAUAAAUUAUCUAAGGGAAUAAUAAAUUACAAAUGUCAGAUGUUCUGACUUUCUGCCAAGUUAAAUCUUAAAUGCUAUAGCACAUUUAGUCAGUUGUUAGGACAAUCUUUUUGUUAGACCGAUUUAAUUACUUUUGAGUUUCUGCCAAAAUCUUUCUCAGUUGACACAAAGUGCAAUUAUUCUUGUCUUCAGGUGUCCUGUAUUCAUGAAGUAAGUAAGGGCCCUAUAAAUUGUUCAAAUGUUAGAUGUUAUGAUGGUUUUAGAUUGGUCAAUAAAUGUUUUAAAAUGUACCUGUACAUUUUAAUGUGACAGUUUCCCUUGUAAAUACCUGUCCAGCGCUAUAUCGUAUAUUUCUUCAUAUGUUCACAGUUGUGCAAUUUGCAGUUACUGCAAAAAUGCUAGUUUUGUGCCUUAAAAUACCUUUUGUGGUUGCAGUUCUCACAUGAACAUAGCCCCCUUGCA